GUUGUCCGUUACAUGCAAAACCGUCCGACCGAUGAACCGCGCGCAGGAGCGGUGGCAUCGCCUUCGCUGCCUCGUCCGAUGCAUCAGUCAGUUUGCCCUCUUGGGAGCAAACCAGAGCUCGGCGGGCGAGCUCCCACCGUUCGAACCUCAGUCGUGGCAUCGCCACAAACUCGAACGAUUCCAGCAAGCGUACGAGAAGGACCAAGAACACCGCACAGACGUCGACCUGAAGCUGCUGAUGGAGAUCGUGCAAAGUGUCCAUGCAUUUUCCCAUGCGUCGUACACUAGCAAGCUGUACUUUUGUCGACACAUGCACGUGGCGUCGCUGCACGACGGACAGGUCGUAUACCACCAGGGAGACGCCGUCGACGGCGCGGCCGGCGGGUACCUCAUUCUGCAAGGAGUGGUCAGCACGUACAAGAACUCUGCGUACGAGUCGGACGUGCCGUAUCCAGUGUGGCACCAGGCGACGUUCCCGAACGACGAUGUCCAUUUUGGCACGUGCGUCCACACUGCGACGACGGGCGACGUGUUUGGCGAAGCAGCUCUAAGUGGAAGCAUGCGCCGGCAGACGACCGUCCUCGCCCAGUCCAGUGCCAAGGUUGCUGUCCUGAGCCAGAACGAUUACCGCCGCGUCCUCAUGUACAACGACGUGACUUGGACGCCGCAGCAGUGCUUGUACACGAUCGAAACAGAGCCACACAACAGGACGCCGCGCCAAGUGCGAGAUCUCUCCGACUUCCUCGUGCAUUUUCACUUUUUCCGGUCGCUUCCGCGAGACGUUGUGGAAGCGCUUGGGCAUCGCUUGCGCCAUCGUACGUUCAAGGCCCAUGAAGUCCUCAGUCGCCAAGGAGACCUCGACCCCCCCCUUGUGAUUGUUGUGGCCGGAAAAGUGCAAUUGUUCAUGCAAGAUUCCGCGGAGGAGUCGACCUGUCGCCUGCUCGGCCCACAACCCACUGCCCCAACGUCCGGAACAACCACAAAGAAGUCGGGGGCGAAUGCCGCCAUGGCGCUCGCGGACAAACAGGAGUACGAUCCUGCGCUGGGAUGGUGCGUGGGAGAGCUGGGAGGUGGUGAAUGCUUUGGAGAGCAGGCCAUGGCAAGUCGAGGAGCCCAGAGCGCCACCCUUCGUUCGGCUUACACCACUGCAGCGAUUGUCCUCUACCACGCCGAUGUGGUCCAAGUGUUGGCGCAGCACGAUCGAGUGGACCCGCCACGAAAACCGGGCGACGAGUUGGCGCAUCUCAUGACGCUCUUGGCAGUCCCUCCUUUGGCUCGGUCUCCAGCCGCAGUGCGCGACGUGGCCAAAGCACUACGGCAGUGCGACGCGAGCCUGUUCUUCCGGCAGCUCGGUCAUUAUGCCGUGGACGUGAUCGCACAAGAAGCCAUGAUACGGGUGAUCGAUGCAGGCACGAUCGUGCUGCAGCAAGAUCAGUCAUGCAACAGCAUGUACGUUAUCUUGAACGGGUCGGUCAACAUCCACAGGUUGACGGUGCGGCGGAAACAGCGCCGACAGAGUUCAUUGAUUCGCAUGGCACUGCAUCAACACAAUCAUCACGCUGACGACACGGUCAGCCACGACGGCGAGAUGCCACUGGCGUCGCUGGGAGGCGAAAUCUUCGACAAUUGCGGCCAGUACUUGAGCUCCAUGGGAGUUGGGGGAGCCUUUGGCCACGUGCCCAUACUUACCAACUCGCACAGCCAGUCGUCGUACGUAGUUGCGCGCAACUUGACCAAAGGCACGGUGUCGGCGGCACUUUUGUGCAUUCCAGGUCGUUUGGUGGCCCCACUCGUGCAAAAGCUCGACGACUCGCUGCUGUACAACCCCCGGCAAGUGCUUGACCAAGCCACAAAGCCCAAAUCGGACACGCACAACACGUUCAAACUGGCCAACUUUCUGUCGACGACAGCAACGUUUGCAGCGCUUCCCCACCGCACGCUCGUGCGCGUCCUUGAAUCGAUGCAAGUCGUCGACGUUCCAUUCAAUCAUUUGCUUUGGGACCAAGGCGAGAGGCUUGGCAAUGGCGUUGUUGUGGUUCUCUCUGGGACAGUGCUCGUCGUGCAGUCGGGGCAUCGUCCCCCUGCACUGGUCGAUCCAAUCCUCAAAGUGCCCGAGUCGGGCCGCCUCGUGCUCCACGUCGGUCGCACAGCCAACACAGUCACCCUCAUGAACUCGCACGACCAAGUUCGCACAUAUGGACCAGGGGACUGCAUUGGAAGCAUGCGCCUCGACGACACGGACAACGGCACAUCUAUCAAACAGGACACGGCCAUGACACUGAGCGACUGCAAAGUCGCGAUAGUCCAGUGGCCCCGCGUGUACGCACCACAACCACCCGUUGCCAAACUAUGCCACGACCUCCUUGGCCUUCGGGCCACCCAUUUGAAGCGCCAGCUCGAGCAGCAAGAGCUUGGAGGCCCGCCGCUUGGCCCGUCGUCCGACGACAUGCACGCUGCGACCGGGCACUUACUGUCCGCCAUCGAAUGGAAAGACAAGUUUCCCGUCCGCGUACAGGGAUCGAUCGCUGCGGUGUUUGCAUUUGCGACGUACUCGGCGCGUGAAAUGAUCUUUUCCGAAGGCGACCAGGCCCAAGCGUUGUACAUCAUCGUCUCGGGUCAUGUGAACAUUUGGAUUCGGCGGCGGAGCCGUUCGCACAGCCAAGGCCCUGCCAGGAAGGACGUGGUUGGGCGCCGAGGAUGGCAAGAAGGAAGGCUCAGCGCCAGCAACUCGAAGGACGACUUGGACCCCAUGAAAGCCAUUCAGGCGCUGAGCAAGGAAAAACCUCGGACACCAACCCACAUCGAACGGUUGCUGACGUCGCGACGGGUUGCCGAGAGCGAUUCCAGCUCUGGCCGCGCUCUGGGCGAGCUUGAGGCACGCCUCGGCCCUGGCGACGUCUUGAGUGAAAAAGCUUUGUUUCAUCCGGGCAUUCGUCAUCGCGUGACCGCGGAGGCUGCCACCGAAGUGACGGCGCUCGUUUUGCCGAGGACCCGGUAUGAGCACCUCCUCUUGCACGGUCCGACGAUUCCGUCCACCGCCAUCGUCGUCGCCCGCAACUCCUCCGAACGUGCGCGAGAACACUGGAAACUCGUGAUCCACUACAUCGUCAAGAAUCGGUCGCAGCGAUCGCACUGGCCGUGCGUGAUCGAGUUUGCACGGCAAAAGCGCAUACGCCUCGUGAUGGACAUCGUCAAGCACGUUCCUGUCUUUCAAGCGAUGGAUGUCGCCCUUCGCAUGCGAAUCUGCGAGCGCACGUUGUUCCAAACGCUAGCGCCCAACUACGUCGUGCAUGACAAGGGCAAGCCCGUCGAGCGCUUCUUUGUCGUUGUCAGCGGCAGUGUCGACCUCAUUCACGUCACGUCGUCUGGCCCGAUGGAACCGUCGGCCCUCGCAUCCAUCACAGACACCAACGACUCGGCGCUCGUCAAGAUCCGGACGGUUCACGAAGGCGAGUGGUUUGGCGAGUACGAAAUCGUGGCACAACUACAACAUCGGCAGAUCCUGGCCGUGACGACAUCGGAGGGUGCCCAUGUUGUCGGUGUGUACAAAGGGGAGUUCCUCAUGUCGUGGCCAACGCUGGCCAAAAUGAACGACCGCCUCGCCUUCCUCCGCCAGAGUGACGCGUUGGGAGCGCUGGAAGACGACCGGCUCUGCUCCAUUUGGUACGGCAUUCGAAAGCUGCGCUUUCGUUGCAACGACGUCGUGGUCCCGACGCGAUCAAGUGGUGCCAAGGUCGUCGAUGCAAUCUACUUGAUUGAAGAAGGCGAGUGCGUUGUCCAGAGCCAGGCGACGCUUGUCCGAGCGGUCAAGGAAGCCAGGUAUCCAGCCACCUCGCCUGCGAUGGCUCUUGAUAGCCAAACUGCCCUGGUUGUGACGAACAGAUCGCAUGAAAAGGACGUUCAAUUGGACGUACAAGUCGCGAGGCUGACCCGCGGCAACAUCUUGUACUGCGAAGACACGACGUGGAAACCGCGCACAUCCGUGAUAGCGUCAUCGCAGCUCGUUCAAGCGCUUGUGCUGACGUAUCCGUCGCACUCGUCCACGAUACACCGCAUCGUCGGGAAGCGAGGACAAGCUGCGUUGCGGCGCAUCAUGCGCAUGGCAAACGACUUUCAGCAUGGCCAACGCGAGGCGGCUAAAGAGCUUGCAAUUGCGUCGGAGCCCAAGCCCAUCGACUCGAUGAUGCUCCCGUUGCUCAAGUGUGUGCCCAUUGCUCGAGUCCGAGGGAAUCGCGUCAAACUGCCCAACUUUCUGCUGCAGCGACACGUUCCACCGUCCUCAACGAUCGACCGAAGCAAUGAUGUGGUGGAGAGGGACGCCGAGUCCCGACGCUCAGCGCCUCCAACCACCACGGACUCAAUAUUCGCUCCAACUUCUGCAAACCCGCACAAGCUACAAGACGGAGGCAAAUCAGCGUGCAUGAAUGGGUCGUUUGGAUUUACGGCCAAGACGACCUCGAGUGUCCCUUCGGCUACCCAGUUCGCCCCGCCACAUUGCUUCAGUCCUCUGGAAACGGCGCACGUAUUGCGACCGAAGAUUCGCCUUGACGAAACGGAAAACUCGUCGGUGCGCCUUCAACGAGCGCUCAACCAGCAAAUCCGCGACGAUACCAAGCUCGUCCAAGACCUCCGAAACAGUGCAAUGGGCACGAAGCAGUCGCAAGCACGCCUCGAGGAGCAAGUCCGCAUAAAACAUGGCCGGCCUGUGCAGUGCCCAAUUAGCCCAUGCAAGCCGUCUGUGGCCAGCCCAUUCGACCAGACCCUCCAAGCCCACACCGCUCCCCGACGUGCGCGCCAAGUGGCCUGUCGCACUCUUGGAUUCCAUGCCAAGGAAUCAUGUAGCCAUGACCACUCGAACUAGUCUUACAUCAUGGCAUCGCUCGCUCGACGCUGCACUACCUACUGCAUUUACUGCAAACUUGCCACCGUCCUAUGGAG